GUCAUCCGCGCGCGCCGGAAGCGGCCGGCGGAGCGAGCGAACAUGGCGGCGCCCGGGGGAGUCGAGGAGUGCUGGCCCGAGCUGGCGGCGGCCGUGGCGGGCGGGCGGCGGGAAAUGCGGCUGGAGGCCGGCGAGGCGCUGGAGCGGCGGGUCCGCGAGGCCGGCGGUCGCCUUCCGGCCGCGCUGGGCGAGCUGGGCGCGGCGCUGCGCUCUCUGGAGGUCCGCGGCUGCCCGGAGCUACGCGAGCCCGGUGCGGCGCUGGGCCUUCUCUCGGGCUUGCAGGCGUUGGCGCUGCCCGGCUGCGCGCUGGGCCCGGCGGGGCUCUCCCUGGCCGGGCGCCUGCUCCCGAUCGGGCUGCGGUCGCUCGACCUGUCGGACAAUGGCCUGGAGGAGCUGCCGCCGCAGCUGGGCGGGCUGGACGGGGCCGGGGAGGAGGAGGUGGGCGGGGAGGCGCCGGCCCUGCCCGAGCUGCGGGUACUAAACCUGCGCCGCAACCGGCUGCGCGGCUUGGGCCCCGGGUUGGCCCGCUCGGCCCCCGCGCUGCAGGAGCUGCUGCUGGGCGGGAACCGGCUGCGGGCCCUCCCGGGGACGAUGCUGCCCCCGCCGCCCGCUCAGCGGGGUCGCCGGCCCGGCCCGCCGCCCUCGCCCCUGCCGCUGCUGGGCCUGCUGGAGGCAGCCGAGAACGAGCUGGAGGUGCUGGGCGCCGAGGUGGCCCGCCUGGCCGGGCUGAAGACUUUGGACGUCUCCAAUAACAAGCUCUCCGAAAUCCCAGCGGAGCUGGCCGACUGCCCAAAGCUGAAGGACGUCAACCUGAAAGGCAACGCCCUCAAGGACAAACGGCUGGAGAAGAUGGUGAACGGCUGCCAGACUAAAUCGAUCUUGGAGUAUCUGCGCCGAGGGAGAGGCAAACAGGAGGGUGGCGCCGAGAGGGAAGAAAGCCGGAAAAAGAAGCGGGAAAAGAACAAGAAGAAAACAGGUAGCGAUGACGAACUGGAAGACACCCAAAAACUGCUUGUGAAAAUUCUUCACAUCUCUGACAACUUGGCACCGUUGGUGGUGAAAGCCGGCCCCAGUGCGAAAGACGUCCGCCCUUACAUUGUGUGCUGUGUGGUGAAAGGCAUGGAUUUCAGCACAGGCAAUGCUCUGAAGAGGUUCCUCUCUGUGCAGACAAAACUCCACGAGGACCUUUGUGAGAAGCGAACAGCAGCCACCAUUGCGACUCAUGACCUGCAGCUGGUGAAAGGACCACUUGUUUAUGAAGCUCGGGCCCCAGAGGAGUUGAAGAUCGUCCCCCUGGGCCGGAAGGAGACAAAGGCCAACGACCUCCUUCGCCAAUUGCAGGCCGAAGCUGAGGAGCAACGGAAACAGAAAAAAAGACAGAAUAUCUCUGGAUUGUACAAGUACCUUCAGCUCCUGGAUGGGAAAGAAAAUUAUCCCUGCCUGGCUGAUGCCGAAGGUGCCGUGAUUUCGUUCCCUCCUAUUACGAACAGUGAGAAAACAAAGCUUGGGAAAACCACCACCGAUUUGCUUCUUGAAGUGACCAGCGGCACGAGCCUUCAGCUGUGCAAAGAUGUGAUGGACACCCUCAUUGUGAAAAUGGCCGAGUUGAACAAGCUGACUGCAGUCCACAAAGACGGGGAAGCUGGCUCAGAUCACGAAAUCCUCGCGCCAGAAGGCAGCCCCCCAAACAGCCCCCUGGUCUUGGAGCAGGUCCGGGUGGUGGACGCAGAGGGGAACUUAAAAGUGCUUUAUCCCUCAAAGACAGAUCUCCACUCCUCCCUCCUCACCGUCCUUCAUUAAGCUCUGCUGGCCAAACGCCUCAUCCGGGACUUUUCAUAAAAGUUUUUUGGGGGGGAGGGGAGGGGUCCCGCUGCUCAGCUCGUUCGCCACAGCAGGAAGCGCUGAGCUAUUUUAAGCCGCAUGAAUUUGGGAUCUUGAGAGUCGGACUUUUAGCUUGCUUUAAUCCCCCUACUCAGAUGGGGGGGUCAAUUUUGGUCCCUUGCCAAUGACAGCGCCAACUGAUUCCUCCCUGCGGAUAUAAUUUUGCUGUGCUGUGUGAUUGUGUUCCUUCCGUGGGAAAGAGGUGAGUGGGUGGCUGGUCUCCCUGAGUGCAGAUGAAAUGGGGGAACAUCCUAGGGGCAGAAGGAACCCCAGUAAAAAAUCACCGGAGGGUAGCUUUCCCCUAUCACAUUAUUUCCUUCCCCUUCUCCGUAAUGUGGAUUCUCCAGGAGCAGAGGGGUGCUAUGUCUUCUCCAGCUUGGCCCUGGGGCUUUGGGGUAGGGUGUCCCAAAUGGCCACCAACCUUUGCUCCCUCCCAACUGUGGGGCCCUUGCUGGUGUCUUAAGUUUAGUGGUUUUCUUGCAGACAUUUCGUGACACAGCUAGGUAACAUCGUCAGUGCUAGCAGAGAGUUGGUUUCUGGUUUCUAGCAAUGAUGUGACCUAGUUGGGUCAUGAAACGUCUGCAAGAAAACCAACAAACUCAGGAAGAAAGCACCUGCCUGCGUUCCAGGUUGUAGGGAAACAAACCUGAUUUUUAAAAUCCGAAUUUCCCCCUAAAAAUACACCUCCAAACACAAGGCAUUGGGCUAGCAAAUUUUACUGGAAAUUAAAGCUGUCUGGAUCCCCAGUUUUGGGGCACAAAUAAUCCCUCCCAAAAAAUAAAAAAAAUGUUUGAAAUCUCA